AAUGGCCCACCACAGAUCGCCGGCCGUGUUUGAGUCACAGGCCUAUUGAUUGCGAAUAAUACAAACUUCUUACCUCAUUCGUACUUAUAUCGCCGCGAAACUUGUACGAACGGGCACAGUCGCAGUAUACACAGUGAUACCGGCCUCGCGUGGUUGAUAAACACAGCAGCACCCGACUCCCGUUUCUGCACGCUUACGCCGUUUGAUUUCGAUUGUCGCGAUGGCGGAGGAUCUUCCUUACCGAGUUGAAUAUGCCAAAAGUGGACGUGCUUCUUGCAAGGUCUGCAAAUCUCCUAUUGCCAAGGAUUCUUUACGCAUUGCCACUGUCGUACAGAGUCCUUUUCACGAUGGAAAACUUGAAAGAUGGCAUCAUGCCAGCUGCUUUUUUCAAAAACAAAGACCUGGUAAUACUGGGGAUAUUGCUCACUUUGAUAGUAUUCGCUGGGAAGAUCAAGAAAUGAUAAGGAAAAAAAUAGAAGAAUCGUCUGGUUCAGCAGCACCUGCUCCAACAAAAGGAAGAAAAAGAACUAAAGCAUCUGAAGCUUCAACUGCAGCUGCCAAUGUAAACAAAGAUUACAAAGUUGAGUAUGCCAAAUCCAAUCGUUCCAAGUGCAGAGGCUGUGAAGAAACAAUUAUCAAAGGAGAUAUGCGUAUCUCUAAGAAAGACUAUGAAAGUGAAGAUGCUCGUAAAUUUGGUGGUCUUGAUCGCUGGCAUCAUCUUGACUGUUUUGCCAAGAUUCGUUCUGAUUUAGGAUAUUUUGAUUCUGGUACAAAUCUUCCUGGAGCCAAUACGCUAAGUGCCGAAGAUAAAGAUAAAUUGAAGAAAGCCUUACCAAAGACUAAUGAUGCAGAUAUUCCACCAGUUGCUAAAAAACCUAAAAAAGAACCUGAAGAUGCAGCUGAAGAAAAAGAACUGAAAGCUCAAACGAAAAAAUUCUUCACUAUCAGAGAUAAAUUAAAGGAUUUGCCCAAAAAAGUUUUAUUAGAAUUGCUGGAAUCAAAUGGACAAACUCCACCUUCUGGUCAAAGUGAAAUCUUAGAUGCAUUAGCAGACAAUAUGCAAUUUGGUGCCUUAGAACGGUGUCCUAAAUGCCCAGAUGGUCAACUUAGGUUUGUCUCUGGAACUGGAUAUAAAUGUACUGGGGCAUUGGAUGAAUGGUCUUUGUGUGAAUAUCUUACUCAAGAUCCUAAGAGAAAAAAAUUUGUUGUACCAAAAGAUUUGAAAGAUGAAUUAUCUUACUUAUCUUCUUACAAAUGUAAAAUACAACGUCGAGCCCUUAAAAUUACGGCACCAACUUAUUCAAGCUCUGUCAAGAAAGAAGAUGUAACAGAUGGCCCUAAAGUAAAGCCUGAAAAACCAAAGCCUUUAAAACACAUGGAGUUUGUAAUUACUGGUAAAACAACAAAAAGUAAGGAUGAACUUAUGAAAGAAAUUUUAUUGUUGGGUGGUUCUGUGAAAACCAAAGUAUCAAAAGAAACUGCAGCUGUAAUUGCUUCGCCGAUUGAUGUAGAGAAAAUGAUAGCAAGAGUUGCAGAUGCUCAAGAUCUCGAUAUUAAUGUUGUAUCAGAAGAUUUCGUUGAAGAAGCUAAAGAUUUCACGGAUACGCCUUUUACUCUUAUAAAGAAAAAAUCAAUAGCUCCAUGGGGAAGUGAUCCAUCAACUAGAAUUUCUAAAUCUAUCGCUACGAAAUCAGCUUCGCGAGGUAAAAGCAGGUACGAGAAAUCGGGAUCAGGAACAGCAAAAUUGAAAAUAAAAGGGGGUGGUAUUGUUGAUCCAGAUAGUAAUCUUGAAAAUGAAGCUCACGUUUACCAACGUGGAAAAGAAAAGUUUACUGUAACUUUAGGUUUAACUGACAUUCAAUUAAAGAAAAAUAGUUACUACAAGAUGCAAAUAUUAAAACAUGACAAGCAUGAACAGUAUUGGUUGUUCCGUAGCUGGGGUCGCAUUGGAACGACGAUUGGUUCAACGUCUUGUGAUAAGAUGGGAUUAGAAAAUUGCGAGGAAAAAUUCAAAGCGUUAUAUGAAGAAAAAACAGGCAACUCAUGGUCAAAUCGUGACCGCUUUGUUAAAAUACCGCAAAAAAUGUACCCUAUUGAUAUCGAUCAUGGAGAUGAUGAAGAUACUUCAAAAUUGCUUGAUUCUAACAUUGAAAGUAAACUUAAAAAGCCAGUCCAAGAUCUUAUGCGUCUUAUUUUCGACGUCGAUUCUAUGAAGAAAGCCAUGCUUGAAUUUGAAAUUGAUAUGGACAAAAUGCCACUUGGAAAAAUUUCAAAAAAACAAAUUCAGCAAGCAUACACUGUGCUGAAUGAACUAGCUGGACUGAUAAAGGAAGGCUGUACAGAAAAAGCCAAAUUCAUUUCUGCUACAAAUAAAUUUUACACUUUUAUUCCCCAUAGCUUCGGCGUAGAUGGACCAUCCAUUAUCGAAACUGAUGCUGAGAUUCAGACGAAAGUUGAAAUGUUGGAAUCUCUGCUUGAAAUGGAGAUUGCUUACAAUCUCUUGCACGCCAAGACAGAUGCAAAUCAAAAUCCACUGGAUGCUCAUUAUGAACAACUCAAAACGAAGAUCGAAGUUUUGGAUCGCGAAAGCGACGAGUUCAAGCUUAUCGAGAAAUACGUUAAGAAUACUCACGCUGAAACUCACAAACAAUACGAGCUCAUUGUCGAAGAGGUCUUCAUUGCUAACAGAAGUGGCGAAGAGAAACGCUACAAACCAUUCAAAAAGUUGCCGAAUCGAAAACUAUUGUGGCACGGUUCUAGAACUACAAAUUACGCGGGUAUUUUAUCUCAGGGUCUCAGAAUCGCACCACCCGAGGCACCUGUCACUGGUUACAUGUUCGGAAAAGGUAUUUACUUUGCGGAUAUGGUAUCUAAAUCAGCAAAUUAUUGUUGCACAAAUUCGCAAAAGCCAACUGGUCUGCUAUUACUUUGCGACGUCGCAUUGGGUAAUAUGUACGAACGUUAUCAUGCAGAUUACAUUGAAAAGUUGCCAUCUGGUAAGCAUUCAACUUGGGGUCGUGGUCAAACUCAACCUGACCCAGAAAAAAGCGUCAAACUCAAGAGUGGCGUUGAAGUGCCAUGCGGUCCCGGUAUGCCAGCUGAUUUGGCUCAAAAAUCCUCAUUACUUUACAAUGAAUUUAUCGUUUAUGACGUCGCUCAAGUCAAAGUUGAAUAUCUUGUUCGUAUGAACUUUAAAUAUAAAUAUUAAAGAAUAUAUCUUGCGGCGACAUUUUUUUAUUUAUUGAUAAUUAAUUUUGGUAAUUUGUACAUUUCUCACAAUUUGUAGCACCCGUUCUGAAUUUCUUGACUAUUAUUUCAUACGAACGUAACCAUUAUAUAUUUUUAAUUUUUUUCGUCAUUGCAUAACAAUAAGUGUUGAUAUACAAAUAAUAUCGAUUGUGUUUCCGUUACUGAAUUAUUGUGUUUGUAAGCCUUGUAUUUAAUAAUUGUUGAGAUGAAAUUCAGGAGCCUAUCAAUUUUUCAAGUAUUAUCUGAACGAAUAUUGUUCAUCCAUUCACUUGUAAUGAUAUAAUAUGUUUGUACUGUUCUUUGGUUUGUGAUAUGUUGAGGUUGUCAACGAUAUUUUUCUACUUUUUACAAUAAUUGUUAAAAAUAGUGGUCGAGAACUUUACCGUAAUAGAAAAUAAAAAUUAUUUUGAGCGAUAAAAAAUCUUGUAAA